GCUGGAUCUGGGACGAUGGCGACUCGCACAAAGAAGGUUGGGAUCGUGGGCAAGUAUGGCACCCGGUACGGAGCAUCUCUCCGCAAAAUGGUGAAAAAGAUCGAGAUCAGCCAACACGCCAAAUACACCUGCUCCUUCUGUGGGAAGACCAAGAUGAAGAGGAGGGCUGUUGGAAUCUGGCACUGUGGGUCCUGCAUGAAGGCAGUAGCUGGAGGAGCCUGGGCCUACGACACGACCUCGGCUGUCACUGUGAAGUCUGCCAUUCGUCGCCUCCGCGAGCUGAAGGACCAGUAA